ACCUGGAGGAAGGAGUUAAGAAGGCCAGGCUGAUGAGCUGGAGACAGAGCUCUGUUUAUCCAGGAAAAGAGGUCAUACUAGGCAAAAGGGAGGCCCCUGCCAGCUCCUCCCAGAAGGACUGGGCUGGGGGAGCAAGCUGGAAAGGAAGCUGCUCCCCUGUGGGCUCCGGAACACCUGCGGCCUCCGGGAGGCGGUGAAGCACAGGCCUCCCAGGAACGCUGAAUCCGCACCCUCUCGGUCCCGCGGCAUUCGGAGCCGGAGCCGGAGCCGGAGCCGCAGCCGCAGCCGCAGCCGCAGCCGCGCCCCCACCGCCCCCGCAUGUGGCUCUUGGAGAAGGCGGGCUACCGGCCGGGGCCGCGAGGGGCGCCGUGCAGCCUGCUCCCUGCGCGCCGAGCCCCGGGGCCGCCCGCCCGCGCCUGGCCCAACGUCCUCACCCCCGAUCGCAUCCCGCGGUUCUGCAUCCCGCCUCGGCUCCCGGACGCCGGCGGUGCCGAGCCCCCGGCCGGGCGCAGCCCCCCCGCGGCCUGCUCGCUGCCGCACCUGGCGGGCCGCGAGGGCUGCCCCUUCCUGCCCGAGAGCCCGCACACGCGCCGGCGCGAGUCCCUGUUCCACCCGCCGCCCGCCCCCGCCCCCGCCGCCGCCGCCGCCGCCGCGCUCCCCCGGAUGCACGUGUCCGCCCCGGACCUGCGCCUCUGCCGGGCCCCGUCGCCCGAGCCGUCGCACCCGCAGUCCCCGGGCGGGCCGCCGCUCUUCCACCCCGACGUCCCGUGCUGCCCGCUGCGGCCCGCCCGGGACAUCGUGCUGCGCCUCGGGCCCCGCGGCGGGCAGCUGCGGCUCUCGGCCGAGUACCAGGCCGGGCCCGGGCGGCUGCGCCUGCGCCUGGUGAGCGCCGAGGGCCUGCCCAGGUCGCGGGCCGGGCCCGGGGGCGGCGGCGGCGGCGGCGGCGGCGGCGGCGGCGGCUGCUGCGUGGUGCUGCGGCUGCGGCCGCGCGGCCGGCCCCGGGGCCAGCGGAGCCGCGUGGUCGGGUGCAGCGCCAACCCCAUCUUCAACGAGGACUUCUUCUUCGACGGGCUGGGCCCGCCCGACCUGGCCUCCCGCAGCCUGCGGGCCAAGGUGCUGGACCGGGGCGCGGGCCUCCGCAAGGACGUGCUGCUGGGGGAGUGUGAGACGCCGCUCGCCGCCCUGCUGCCGGCCCUGGGGGGCGGGGGGCGGUGCCUCGGUCCGGGGGCCGCGGCGGCGCCUGCCCAGCUCAGCCCGUAGACUGAGGGCCGGCUCUGCCUCAGAGAGGUCUCCUCCAGGCGUGUGGGUUCCUUCCUUUCAGCUGCCAGCCCAUAUUUAUUUUUGCUAAUAAAACGCCCCUCCUGGGCAGGCUGGCUCCUCUUGUUGGCACCCCACACUCAGAUCUGCAGCCUACUUUCCUCCCACUGCCCUGACUGCACCAGGGAUGGAAGAAGCUCAUCCUGGUAUAUGCUGAAUGGGAGCAGCUCUCUAGCGCUGGUUCUCAGACUUGCCUGAGCAUCAGAAUACUCGGCAUCAGCAAUCCUGUACCCCAUCCCCAAGAGCUGCUGAAGCUCCUUUAAUAGGUCGGGGGUUCUGGAGACCCGGGAUCGAGUCCCGCGUCGGGCUCCCGGCAUGGAGCCUGCU